UAAAUUAUCAGUGCUGUCCGUUAUAUGUGUACUUUGUUUUGCUGUAUUUCAGAUCAACUGUGCCUGUACUGUAAAUUACGAUAUCAACUCAUGCCAUUUGCUUUUGUCUCUUAAUAGCACAAUAUUAGGGGAUCACUGUUCAAAGGCAGAGAGCAUGGAUUUGGAUUAUACCUUCAGAAAUCUGCAGACUUUUCCAAGAAAUUUAUGUGAUUUUCCCUUUAUAAAGCUGAUUCGUCUUUCGGACAACCUGCUCACAGGUAUCCCAUCUCUGUCUUGUCUCCCAAAUUUGGAGAUUCUGGAACUUUCCAGGAAUAAGAUCAGUUCUCUCAGGAAAGCUUCGCUGAUACACAACAGAAAUCUGGGGUAUGUUGACUUAUCAUAUAACUUGAUCACAUACAUAGAGACGGGGGUUCUGGAACUCUCCACCUUCCACACUAUCAUUCUGAAAGGUAACUUUUUAAUGUCACUGGAUGUCAGAGAUUUCGCCAUUGUAAGGCCAUUCUGUUUGAUGGAUCUGUCGUAUAACAACUUACAGGUUCUAGUUAACAACUACAAGUGGACGGUGAACAAGAGUGUCAGCUAUUCUGGGGGGUUUAUUGACGCAACAUACAAUAACAUCCAAGAACUUCCAAACUGGAAAAAAGUCGGAUUUCCCAAUCUUUCCGAUGUCGGGAAAAUCAUUUAUUUUGGAAUUGACAUUCGGUUUAAUCCUAUUACUUGUGACUGUAAAUUAGCAGAACCUUUAGCUUAUUUUAAACCAUUAACAAAGUACAUAGAUCGAACUUAUUUCUAUAUGUCUUGUCAGAAUCCGCCAGUUUUAAAAGGAAGUUUAAUUAUAAAUUUUCUGGACGGAGAUCGGAUUUCAGAGCUUGUUUGUGAUUACACAGGUACACCAUUGUGUCCUCGUGGCUGUUCCUGUGUGAAGACACCAAGAUAUUCAAGCGCUGGAGAGACCCAGCUGACUUUCACUUUGAGCAUAAACUGUUCACAAUCGAAAAUUCAACGAUUACCACACAUCCUACCAGAAAUUAAUGAAAUCGAAUUUUAUCUCCAUGGAAGCUUUAUCACUCACAUUAAAGAGGAACAUUACUUGCCUCGUGUCUUUGUUAUGGAAUUGUCAAACCUGCCUUCCUUUGAGCAUGGAGCUUUAGGAAAAUUGAAAAGAUUAAAAGAAUUUUCCAUUCCCAGAAAAGCACAGUUUUAUGGUAUACCGCGUGAGUUUUCUUGUUUUGAUCCAUGUGUUUUUCUGCAGAAGCAGGAUUUUAUUGUAAACUGUACCUGCUCACACAGUUGGAUGUAUGAAUGGCUGGUGACUAGAAAUGGAAACUGCAGUACAGGAUUUGCUUUUAAGUGUUUGGUUGGAAUCAGCGCCGAGAAAAUGAUAACAUACAUUCCACACAUGGAUUGCCAAGAAAAAUCUGAUUACUCAAUUUAUAUCCUAUUAUUUAAUUGCUCUUUCCUCGGUAUAUGUGUUGCUGUAUUUGCCGCCGCUGUUUAUAGAUAUAAGUAUGAAAUAAGGCUCAUCUAUAGGACCUCAAGAGCGUGUAAACGACCAUCAUCUCAGGGCGUGUUGGACCAGGACUGUGUUGUGUUUGUUUCCUACGACGGAGAAAAUCAAGACCUUCAUUCAUGGAUACUUAAAUCACUAGAACCUUUUUUAAUCCUGAAAGGCUUCCAUGUUUUCCUACCGACACGUGACCUGCCGCUUGGAAGUGUUCGAUCUGACGAGACAGCAUGGCAGAUCUCAGUUUCGAGGUUUUACAUAGUGCAUCUUUCUGACAAUUACUUAAACGAAGACUCUCUUUAUACGUAUAAGGAGUGGACUUGUAUUUGGGAAAGUUAUCUGGCGGAUAGCAGAAAGAGGCUGCUCGUUAUCAACUACGACCUUAUCGGUCCUGCUGAUACAUCCUGCAAUAAAAUGAAGUCCGUUUUGCACGCUGGAGAUGUUGUCAGUUUUUCAAAAGGGGAGAAUUUGAUGUUUUCAAAAAUAUCAAAGACUCUUCGCUAG